CCCGAUGGGUGGUCCGUCUGUGGUUGGCUGAUGGGGGGGUGGGCUCUCUGUCAGCGGCAGGUGCCCCCUUUCCUCAUCGCAGUGUAAGAGGUGUCACUUCCAUGUCUGGAGCGGGUCGCGUCCCACCUGGCUCCAGGAUGACCACAAAAAUCAUCCAUUUCAUGGUGAACGGGCGACUGGAGCAGGCGGAGUUCAGAGCCGACUGCUCGGCUGCAGACGUGAAAGGUCUGUUUCGGGCGGCGGCGGAGGCGGGGCCUCACCACAUCCUGAAGAUGUACAACACAGCCGGCGUGGUGGUGAACAUCUCCCCCCGGCUGGAGGCCAACAGCAAGGAGUCGUACUACCGGCUGGAGGUGGUGGCGUCCGACCUGCAGAGUGUGGCGAAGCCUCGGGAGCUGGACCACAUGGAGCACAGGCUGCGGCGCCUCGAGAGCAGAGUCCUGCAGGACGCCGGGGAGACUCCCGACAUCAUGAGGGAGCUGAAGAGCCACGUGGAGGCGUUCAAGAGGAAGCUGGAGAGCGUCGAGCACCUGAGCUGGAUCGGUCUGUUCAAGGACGACGGCGACCAGCAGCUCGCCGAGGUCGCCCCGGAGGUCAAGACGCCUCAGCUGAGCGUGCAGAAGGAACGACAACAAGUCCGCGGGAAGUUCCUCAACAUGAGUUCACUGCAGGUGACGGAGGAAGUGAGGGAACAUCUGAAAACUCCCAUUUUCGACAACUGGCAGUGGGAGGAGGCGGAGAUGCUGGUGCUGCUCCAGGUGAUGUACACGGACCUGGACUUCCUGACGGCGUUCCAGAUCCAGCCGGACGUCCUCCAGAACUUCCUGUUCGAGGUCUUCUGCCACUACAACAACAUUCCCUUCCACAACUUCCAGCACUGCUUCUGCGUCACGCAGAUGAUGUACGGACUCAUCUGGUUGACGGACCUCCGGAACAAACUGGCAAGAAUCGACCUGUUCGUCAUGUUGACCUCGGCUCUGUGUCACGACCUCGACCAUCCCGGCUACAACAACGUCUACCAGAUCAACGCUCAGACCGCAUUGGCUCUCCGCUACAACGACAUUUCACCUCUGGAAAACCACCACUGUGCCGUCGCCUUCGGGAUCAUGGCCAAGCCGGAGUGCAACGUCCUGAAGAACCUGACGACGGAGCAGUACAAACACAUCCGGGGAGGAAUGAUCAAAUGUAUUCUGGCCACCGACAUGGCGCGACACAACGAAAUCCUCAACAAGUUCAAAGACAUUCAGCCGGUGUUCGACUUCGCCGACAAGGAGCACAAGGAAGUGGUAACGACAGAGAACUCCUCAAGCUCCUCAAGAAACACAAGACCUCAUGUGGUCCACAGUUUAGUCUUUGAACACAACGUUCUUACCGGUGUUUGUGUUUGUGCUCCCGGGUUCUCAGCUGAUGAAGAUCAUGGUGAAGGUGAGCGACAUCUCCAACGAGGCGAGGCCGAUGGCGGUGGCCGAGCUGUGGCUGGACUGUCUGCUGCAGGAGUUCUUCAACCAGAGCGACACAGAGAAACUCAAAGGACUUCCUGUGAGUCCGUUCAUGGACCGAGACAAAGUGUCCAAACCGUCGUCUCAGACCAACUUCAUCCGCUUCGUCCUGCUGCCGCUGUUCAGCGAACUCACCAAGCUCUUCCCCGGUCUGGAGAAACAUAUUCUGGAGCCGGUGCAACGAGCGUUGGAGUAUUACUCCGACAUGGAGAAGGCCAGACAAGACGAGACGGAGAAACCGUGAGGACAAAGACGAGGAAGACGAGGAGGAACAGCAGGAAGAGGAGGACGUUACUUUAUAUCCAUUUUGUUAGUUUUUCUUUUGGGUCUUUUCGUAAGUUGAUGUUUUUACGUAGAGAAAGAUUAUCUUCCCACGUGCAGACUAAUAUUGUACUUUUAUUGUGAAUGUGACGAUAUUUAGAAUUCGAUGUUUCACGUAAAUAACAAACUCAAAAUUUGGACUCAUUCUGACUUCAUGUGUUUUUUAAAUAUAUUCAUAUGUUCAAAAUUAUUUCAUUCUUUUAAGACUAAAAUCUGACACUCGUGGUUAUGACUUUUUACUUUAGAGAUGUAGGGUUAGGGUUAUACUACAGGAAGUAUUUUGUGUUGAUUCUGUUGAGGAUCAAUAAAGUUUUGUUUUGUUUAUGGAACAUUAAAAACAAACAAGUGAAGAGUG